AGCUUCAUUUAACUUCCGUGUCAUUGGCACGUAUUGGCUAGACCAGACUGUGGCUACACGCAUGCGUUGAAACGGGGAUUUUUGUAAUUUCCCAUGUGAUGUAAAUUUGCUUUGUUUUUAAAUACUUGUUUAUCAACUUUAUCUUUUUAUCGACAAACGUUGGGGAAGAACCUUAUUCCUGCCUAUCGAUGACACUUGGACAUGAAUUUGUACCCUAAUUUACUAACACCACCCAUGGAUUCGCCGACUUCAUCAAUGAUGUCACCCGACUCGGACUGUCGGUCUCCGACACACUUAUUUACACCAUAUCAAGUCCCACACAUCUAUUCAUAUAAUCCGGACGUGGUAACAAUAAGGGAUUUGCCCGAACCAUGUCUACGAAUGCGAGAACCACCCGUGGACAAAUUUCGAUUUCGUUACAAGUCUGAAAUGUCGGGAACUCACGGAUCACUGAAUGGGAAAACAUCUGAUAGAUCACGAAAGCAAACAUUUCCAUCUGUUGAGUUAUUAAACUAUGAUAAGGAGGCAGUUAUACGUUGCUCUCUAUAUCAGUAUGGGAGAGAAGAUAUGGCCCAUACUAGGCAACUGCACGCCCACAGGUUGGUCAAAAAGCAAGGCACUGACGAAAUUGAUGAUCCUCACAAUGUACACGUUAACAGUGAUGUGGGCUUCGUUGCCAAUUUCCAUAGCAUGGGAAUUAUUCACACUGCAAGAAAGUACAUUGUCCCAGAGUUAAUACGAAAAAUGACGAUUUUGAAGCAAGAAGAAAUCGCAAGAAGUGAGCACAAAUUUAGACCUUUAACAAAAAAAGAGGAGUUGGAAAUGAAAACUAUUGCUGAGAAAGAAAGCAAAUGUAUAAACUUGAAUGUGGUUUGUCUACGAUUUGACGCUUAUAGAGUAGUAAAUAACAUUUACUAUCCCAUAUGCCAACCAGUUUCCUCUCCCGCCAUUAAUAAUUUGAAAAGUGCUUUAACCGGUGAUUUGAGGAUUGUUCGUAUGGAUCAUUGUACAAGUCCCUGUAGGGGUGGCCGAGAAAUAUUUAUAUUAGUAGAAAAAGUUACUAAAAAGAACAUUAAAGUACGUUUCUUCGAGUUGGAUGAUGAGGAUAAUGAGGUGUGGGAGGAUUAUGGACGUUUUAGUGAUUUGGACGUUCACCAUCAAUAUGCCAUUGUCUUCAAAACUCCGCCAUAUAAACAUGCUGACAUUGACAAAGAAGUUAGAGUGUUUAUCGAAUUGCAACGCCCGUCAGAUGGAGCCAGAAGUGAACCAAAAGAUUUCAGUUACAUUCCUUCAGAAAUGUCUAUUGGAAGAAAAAGAACAAGACUUAGUUCCGAUGAUUAUACCACCUCGUUCUUUUCUGCUGAUGAACUGCCUAUAACGUUGAACACUAUAUCACCAUCAGUUGAUCACGAAACAAUGACCAAUGCGAAUAAUGCAACAAUCAACAGUGCAGAUUUAGAGGCUGCCCUCAAGCACAAUAAUAUCGAUUCAUCAGAAUUUGAUAAGAUCUGUAAUUCACUAAUUGGCCCUGGACCAAUGAGGGACAUUUUCACUGCCGAAAAUGUUUCAAUCAGAGAGUUGAAAAGCUUGGGUCUAGUUAUGGAUACUCCAAACUCCAAAAUUCGUACACCUUUGCAUAGUGGUAAAACUGAAAAACUUUCAGUUACUGAAGAAGAAAAUCCCAUUGACAGGGUGAAAUCUGAGUUAAUUUCAUUUAUGAAAACAUCUCCCUCGAAUAAUAGAGUAUCUCUUAUGUUGGAGGCAUUAAUUUCGGGAGACAAAUAUACAACAUCAAAUGGGAAUAAUGUUCUCCAUUUUUUGGCGGCCGAAAUCGGCACAGAAGACGAAUUUGUGACGCAGUUACUCAGCUUUGUGAAAAACUUUGGAAAAAAGGAAUUGCUGAAUGUGAAAAAUAUAAAUGGACAAUCCCCGCUACAUUUAGCAGUUGAAUUUGGAAAUGAGCUAUACCUUAAAGGACUAAUUGAAGCACAAGCUGACAUUGCAGUGCAAGAUAAGCAGGGUAACACGCCACUACAUGUGGCCAUAGUAGAUCGAGUUCCUGAAGGAAUAUUGUUGACAGUACUCGACGCUUACCACCGUUCCAAUACCAAUAUUGACAUUUACAAUUACGAUGGAAAAACGCCUUUACAUUUGGCUGUAAGAGGAAAGAAUUUAAACGCGACUAAGUUAUUUAUUAAUUGUGGAGCCAAUGUCAAUGCAGCAGAAAAAAAGAACGGUUACACUCCUCUACAUUUGGCCAUUUUAAAUCGAAAUAUUGACAUUCUGAAAUAUUUACUUGACAGUACGAAAGCCGAAUGUGAUUGUGAAGACUUUGCUCAGUAUAAUCCUUUACUAUUGGCACAGGAACUGUUGGAUAGCUGUGACAAACAAACAUUUCAGAUAUUUAGCAUACUGGAAAGCCAUUUGAAAAAAAUUGGUAUUCCCUCCGAGAUGCUUUUACAUAAUCGUGUUCAUUCUGAAAGUGAUGAGAAUGAUGACGAAGAGGAUUGCAGCAAUAAUAAUAAUUCUGCUGAUGAUGAAGCAAACAUUGAUAUCAUUGAUAAAUAUGGUGCUGUAACAGACUUUACUGAUGCUUGCAAAAUAUCAUUGUCGGACAUUCUGGAUAAAUCAGACGCAUGGAAAAGAUUAGGAGAAUCAUUAGAUUUUGGGCACAUACUCCAUACUGAUGCUUUUGCAGCAGUACAACAUCCAACCAAGAGUUUAUUGACGUUUGCUGUUGCAAAUGGCAGAAGUGUGAAGGAAAUUAGAGAUUGUUUGGCUACACUUAAUGAGAAGCAAGCUGUGGAAAUUAUUGACAAGAUGGUAAUGAAAUGCUGAGUUAGGAUUUGUUACAGUAUUGUAAAUAUAUAUUGUUAUAUUAUC